AUUAAAUAUAAAUAAAUCCAUCAAUAUAUUAUAAAAUUUAUAUACAUAUUAUAUAAUAGAUUUUCUUGAAUAAAUAAAUAAUAAUGAAAUUCAAGAAAGAAGAAAAAAGAAAAGUACGGUCAAUAAAACUCCAAAUCGAUCGACUAAAUAAAGCUAUUAAGUCUUUAUGUAGUGAAAAUCAGAGCAUAAACACGACUUUUGAAAAUUCAGCGAUCGGCCAAGAGAUUAAGAUAUUACGUAAAACUAUAGAAGAUCAAUACUCAAUCAUUGGAACUUUUAGCGUUGCUGAUAAUAUACAAAAAAUGAAGGAGAUUUUAGAUCAAAACGCAAAUAAUGAAAUUCUUAAUAUAAAAAAAAACGAAAGAAAUAUGUUGAUCGUUGAAUUAAACGAACUUGAUAUGGCUCUAAUAACAGCACAGCAAGAACAGGAAAAGAUCUCUGAACAAUUUUCCCUAUUGGAAAAGGAACGACGUGUGUUAGCGCAUUUGAUAGCAUCUACUAAAGAGUUAGUAGAAACUAGUCAAGAGAAAAAUAAACAAUGUGCAUUAACAAUAAAAUCAUAAUUUUGAUUUGUAAUUUAUUUUAUACUUAUAUUAGUAAAUUACAACUUUAAAUUUGAUGUGUAA